AUGGCUGAAAUGGGCAUUUGCUCUACCGAGAAUUCACUCCCUUCACCAGCUUUCACAAAUAAUCCAUCAGAGGAUACUCUACAUGGGGAAGACUGGAAACAUCGCCCUCCAUAUCAUAUCCAAAAUGAAAAAGAAUUUGGUCCCGUCAAAUAUAAAGGAUCAUGCCAAUGCGGAAGAAUCACCUAUGCCUUGAAACGCGCCCAACCAUUAAACUCCAAGUUCUGUCAUUGUCGAGGAUGUCAAGUCAUGCACGGAGCACCUUUUCAAUGGGCAACAAUCUUCCAUAAAGAAGAUAUCUCCUUUGCUAAGGGCUCAAGUGGUCUUGCUUUCUAUUCCGCGGGACAUAAAUCUCAAAAACAUGAGACUCCCACCAAAGUGUCGUGUGACUUCUGUCAUACCCUCAUCAUGGAUGAAGGACGCAAUAUGUGCUUGCUUUUUCCACAGUCUAUUCGAUUCCAGGGCUCAUAUGACGAGCAGCGAAAACAACUGGAGGCAUUAAAGCCCUCGUGUCAUAUCUUUUAUGAACAACGUAUGUUUGAUUUCCCAGAUGGAACUCCCAAAUGGUCUGGGAUGGAUGGACAUAGCCAGCUACUUGAUGAUGCUGGUCAGCCGAUAAAGCAAUAA